CGAGUGCCGGAGGACUCUGUGUUGUGAGUGCUAUAAACAUAAAAUUUUAUGCAUGUGUAUUAUGAAGGGUUUUAAUUUUUCACAAACAUAUAGUGGAGCGGAGUUUUAAACAAUAAAACAGCAUGUUUCGCUUUUUUAGCAAACGGUUUGGAAAGUCUUCUCAGAAUAUUAAAAAGAGCCAGUGUGAUGAAAAUGCUAGAUACAGCAAAAAUAUAAUUCCGUGUAAAGUAAUUUUACUCGAUGGCUCUAUCCUCAGUGUGGAAGUAUCGAGGUUCCCAGAGUGGACAGGUUUGAAGACCACUAGUUGUGCAGCAUCAUCAGCAGAAGUGCUUCCUUCAAACUGUCACAAUUUCAUGCAGCACAGAAUGGCAUCCACAGCUUCUUUCAGACCGAAAAAUGCAAGAAGAAAGUCGCUCUUGUCAUCACAACUUGAAAGAACUCUCAUUUUUAAUUUUCUCGUGAGAGAUAUUAUCAACUUUAUUGCCUCUGCCUUGUCGGCGUGAAGUAGGGCACUUAACAUUAUCAGUAACAGCCCAAACGAAGUGUUUAUGCCCUCCCCCCUGCAAUGCUACAAGUGAAAUAAGCUUUCUUCAGUCAUAAUACUUAACUUUUUUGAAUUAGUUUUGUGUCAGUUGCUCUAAAAUGCUUUUGAAAUUCCAAUCCACUACUAGUAAAGAACCGAUGCGAUAUUGCCAUUUCGUUUUUAUGUGAUAUGCAUUACCA